AUGCCUGACUCGGGCAAUCAAAGUAUACAUAAAGAUGAAUCUACCAAUUUAUCAAGAUUAGGCAAAACAUCACCUAUUUUAUCCUAUUUUUGUGUUUAUAAUCCUUCUCUUAGUCAAUCUGAAGAAAAUACAAAGGAUCAAAUACUUUAUUACACUGCUAAAAAAGCUGUAUCAGCUGACUUGAAAAUAAAGCAAGUAGGUCUUGCUCAAGCACUUGUUAAUUUUACUUCCACUUUUUCCCCUUCUCAUCCAACUCAAAAUGUUCAUUCACAAAAGAAUCGCAUGGUCUUUUUACAACCUGAACCUGGAUUUUGGAUGCACAUGUGUGUUGAGCUUGGUAUUCAUAGGAGACAAAUAAAGGAUUCGAAAGGAAAGGAAAAAUUAGUUACAGAAUAUUUAGAUUCACAAUUAAAUGAUAAAGCACUUGAAGCAGUAUUGAAAAUUGGUUAUGAACAAUUUAAAUUACUUAAUGGCACAUUUAGCUCUAUUCUUUAUGGACCUGAACAUUCAGAACAGCCAACAAGACAAAGAACACGAUCACUUAUGCAUGCAAUUGAAGAGUUUUUCUCAGAUUGGAUAUGGAAAUGGGAUUUUGAUAGAUUAGAUCUAAUGUGUUUUACAGCUUUAUUUAAUGGUGUACCUAUUCAAUCAAUUUUACGUACAAACUAUUUAAAGAUUCAUAAUUUAGAAGAGUCAAUUAAAAGUAAUUUUGAACAACAUAUUCAUCAUUUAUUUAUCCUUCAAAUGGAAGAUGGUUCACUUGUAUAUAAAUCACCUGAUUUAUCUAUUGAGGAUAUAUGUGCAUUAAGGAAAUAUGUAAUAAAACGAGUAGAAAAUCAUGCCAAAUCAGAAAAAAGAAAGGCAGACAUAGAAAUGACAUCUAAAAAGAAUUCAAAUAGCAAAGUAUCAGGGUUUAAACAAUUUACAAAAUCUUUACCACAAUCCCAUAUCUUGAGUUAUUUUUCUUUAGGAGGAGGAUCAAGAUCGACCGAGACUGUAUCAUCCUCUUCCAUAACAGAAUCGAAUAGUACAACAUCUACGGCAGAUAUACCAUCCAUUCAUAGUGGAACAGAUACUUCUGACAGAAAAGGGAUUUAUUUAACAGGUUUAAUAGAAUCUACUGCAAUUGGUAUGAAUGGAGAAGAGAGGUCUGUAACGAAAUCCAAUUUAGUUCGUGUAUAUAUUUCAAGUGUCAUAAAUGGAAACCCAACAUAUCAAAAAGACAAGGAAUUACAUGACUAUUAUUUAUUAGUAUACAAGCAUAAAAGUAAUUUAGUAUGGAACUUUUUAUUGCCUGCAACAUCUGAAACAGAGGCAGUUUUAUCCAGUCCUACUUUUUAUACCGAUCUUGAACAUUAUAUGAAGGAGAAAGACUUGGAUCAAUUAACGAAUACUCUCAUUGAAGAUAUUAGUCAAAUGCAAAAGAAAAAGUAA